AUGCGCGUAGUGGCAAUUAUCCUGGCUCCUGGCCUCCACAGUCCCCUCACAACCUACCGGAAACCCCAAAUACCUAGUGGCGUGGUAUACAAAAACGUCGAUACCAAAACCUUUGCGGAAAUCGAGGGUCGGGUGUCAAUGACGGGUGAAGAAAUCCCCCAUUAUGAUAUCACAGAGGACCUUGAGACCGUGGCAAACCUCCCGACGUGUUGA